GCUUCCACUCUCCCAGGGUGGGUGGUGGUGGUUUACCACAUUCCUUGGUACCACAUUCCUUGCUCAUUUAAAGCAAGGAGUAUAAAAGAACAGCCUCCAUCGCCUGCAGUCUCGAGAGUGCACUUAAUAUGACAGACCCAGAUGUUCUCACUGAAGUCCCAGCUGCUCUGAAACGCCUUGCCAAGUAUGUGGUACGUGGCUUCUAUGGUACUGAGCAUGCUUUGGCCCUUGACAUUCUAAUCCGGAACCCAUGUGUAAAAGAAGAGGAUAUGUUGGAGUUAUUGAAGUUUGAUCGGAAGCAGCUGCGAGCUAUUCUCAACACUCUUAAAGGUGAUAAGUUCAUCAAAUGCAGAAUGAGAGUGGAGACAGCCCCCGAUGGCAAAACUACCCGACACAACUUCUAUUUUAUCAAUUACCGCCUACUGGUCAAUGUGGUGAAGUACAAGCUAGACCACAUGAGGAGGAGGAUCGAGACAGAUGAAAGAGACUCCACCAACCGAGCUUCCUUCAGAUGUCCCAUUUGUUUCAGUACUUUCACAGACUUAGAGGCAAAUCAGUUGUUUGAUCCUAGGACAGGAAUUUUUCGCUGUACCUUUUGUGAGACUGAAGUAGAGGAAGACGAGUCAGCAAUGCCCAAAAAGGAUGCUCGAACACUUGUGGCACGGUUUAAUGAACAAAUAGAGCCUAUUUAUGCACUUCUCCGUGAAACUGAAGAUGUUAACUUGUCCUAUGAAUUACUCGAACCUGAGCCUAUGGAGAUUCUUGCACUGAAGCAGAGCAAGGAACGGGCUGUUGGUGCAUUGGGAAAUAGUGGUCUAACAAGUGAGAAGCACAGAGAAGCUUGGACCACAAAGGGACCAUCUUAUGAGGACUUGUACACCCAGAAUGUAAUAAUCAGCAUGGAGGACCAGGAGGAUCUGCAUCAACCAGUAAAUGAAGGGAAACCACCCAGAGAGAGACCGAUUUGGCUGAGGGAGAGCACCGUACAAGGUGCUUAUGACCCUGAUGAGGUCAAAGAAGGUGUUCAGCAUGCAGAUAUGUUGCAGGAAGGAGAAGAGGGUCAGGCUACUUUAGACAAUAAUGAGGAGGUGAUGCGCGCUUUGCUCAUCCAUGAAAAGAAAACCACCUCUGCCUCUGUGGCUGCCAUGGGAACCUUUGCUCCAUUGCCUAACGCCAAUGCCAGCGAUUCUGAGAGUGAAACAAGUGAAUCAGAUGAGGACUCCCCUCCGCAUGGAGUCCCUGCUACAACAACUCUCUAUGGGCUGACAGAGGAAGAUGAUGACGAUGAGUUUGAGGUGGUGACAGAGGACCCCACUGUGACGGUGGCAGGGUGCCCAUUUUCUUACAGUCAAGUAAACCAGCGGCCUGAGCUUGUGGCCCAAAUGACUCUGGAGGAGAAAGAGCAGUAUAUAUCUAUGGGCCAGCGUAUGUUUGAGGACAUGUUUGAUUAGCGUCCUUCCCUUUGGGCAGCAUUAAAACACGAUCUUCAACUGGAAAUACUGGGACAGAACCAAAAAAUGAAUUAUAUCUUCCCCAUUUUCAUUUAGUUUAGUCAUUCUUUAGAGUCUCACAAACUCACCUGAAAUAUCAAAGAUCAGAAAAGGGGUCCAGCCAAACGUCUACUACAGCUUUCUCCAAUGCAAUACCCUCCAGAUGUUUUGGACUACCUCUCCCAGCAUCCCUGAACAUUACCCAUGCUGGCUUGUGCUGAUGGGAUUUGUAGUCCAAAAUAUCUGCAGGGCACAACUUUGGGAAAGGCUGGUGUAGGGAAAUCUAAACACAGUCAGUCUCUCUCUCUCACUCACACACUCACUCACAUGCAUGAAUGCACACUUAAAGUUUCCAGAUCCUACCCAUUACCUUUUAUUUAGUUUUUGUUUGUUUUCACCUCAGAAAUCUGCAUGUUCUUUUGGUUGCUUGUUUUUCUGUCUUAAAGGGGGUUCUAGAAGUUUACUAGAUUUUGGGAAUGACUGUUAGCAGGACUUCUAGAAAUAAGAUGGUGCUUCAUAAUUGAAUGUGAUCUGGUUAGAGAUAUGUAUUGCCUGGCAAGUAUAACAUAUAUGUGGUGAUCUUUAUUUCUAAUAGGCAGACAAAGAGGAUAUAUAUGUUGCUCCCCAUUUCCACUCAUUUCCACAUACUCGUUUCCACAUGAAAGAGAAAGUGUGGCCACAGAGAACAUGUGUGCAAUCAUGUUAUCCAGGCGGCAUUUGGGCACCACAGUGUUUUAAAGAUUUGUUUUGGAGAGGACAGUGCACUGAGGACAGGCAAACGUUUUGGUUGUUGCUGAAGGUGCCCCAUAGAACGUGCUUCUUACAUCCUCUGGUAAAACAAUCUUGGAAAAUGUGUUUUUAAAAAACUUCUUUCAUCUGUCAGUGACUGCUUCUUUGCUAACAUGAGCAAAUUCCAGUCUUCACUUAAUCACUUCACCUGCAGUGCUAUAAUUUUCAAAUGAAAGGAUGACUUUAAAAUGUAGCUUGACUUUAGUUCCCUGCUUCUUCCAGACGUGCUCUCAUAUUUUCCAUUGGUGGAUGAUCAGUCAGUCAGAAUCAAGCCUCACUUUGGCUCCCAGAAAGAUAUUUUUUUCUAUGCUGUAUAGUCUAUAUUGAAUAAGUCCCUGCCCUCUUCACAGAUCUACCACGAGAGUACUAGGAAUGCAACAGGACUGCCUUUCUGCAUUUGCCAUGAGUUAAGACCGAUGUCCAAGUAACUUUGUGGAAGAUUUUAUUUUAUUUUAGCACAAAUGCAAAGGGCUUUAGCAUUAUUAUUAUUAUUAUUUUUAAAAAGAUUAUGUAAUAUUUUGUGGGAUGCCAGUAUUUAGAAUGACACACUCUAUUUUAAUAUUUCCAGCUAUGUCCACAUGAGCAAAUUCAAUUUGGUAAUGUUUUAUGUUUUCAAAACAUGUACAGCUUUUAAAAUUAAUUGUGAUUUUCAUAUUGGUCAUCACAGUAGAGUAGUAAAAGGAUUGGGUAUUUUAAUGCUCUAGUUUCAGUUUCAGAUUCUGUUUUAAUUUACUGGAAUGGCACAAGUUAUCAGGACUAUAAGUGAUAAAAGUCUUGAGUAUUGACCAUGUAUGUUUUCCUGAACCUGUGAGGUUUCUUUUAUGAAUUUAUUUACAGAAACUUUGAUACUCUUAAAUUUGUUUCUUCUAUCUUAAAAUAAAAAAGGAACAAAUAACA